UUUUGGCUUAAAUCUAUACAUUUGCAUAAUAACUUCAGAAAUGACAGCUGCUAAUUACGACCAGGCCUCUCUACCGGACCUAUUGCCCCUGUACUACCGCCGACUUUUCCCUUUCUCUCAAUACCACCGGUGGCUGAACUAUGGAGGAGGUGAGUAGCUAGCAGCUUCCGAGUGUGGAGUUCUCUCUCCCCACUCGAACAGUUCCUUUAGUCAGAAUGUUGAAUAAACUCUACCGGUUGGUUGUCACCUAUGUCGCUGGAAAUAUGUUUGUGAAUUGCACUUGUGAUUUGGACCAAUCAAACUGCAUCCGGUUGCGACAGGGAUUCCCCCGAGUUAAAGUGGCUAGUGCGAGGGCUGAGAGGGUAAAAAUAAUGUGUUUGGACUGCAGCCUGGGAGAGCUAAAAGGGCGCGAUCUACUCUUGAUAGAAUCAUCCUGUCAGUUGAACAUUAACGAAACACAAAUAACAAACCCCUAUCUUAGAAACUAAAUUAAAGUAAAAGUUCGAUAUUUACAGAUGAGGUCAACAAUAAAAUCCAUCAAUAUGACUCCUACCAGAAAUCCACUGUAAAUCCACUGUAGGCAACAUAAUAUAAUACGUUAUGUUGCCUUCUAUGAAAAGACUGUCAAAUUAACCUAAUCAAAUCAAAUUGUAUUUGUCACAUGCAAGUAGAAGGAUUACUUUAUACUAUUCCAGGUAUUCCUUAAACAGGUAGGGUUUUGAGUGUCUCCGGAAGGUGGUCAGUGACUCCGCUGUCCUGGCGUCAUGGGGGAGCUUGUUCCACCAUUGGGGUGCCAGAGCAGCGAAUAGCUUUGACGUGGCUGAGCGGGAACUGUGCUUCCGUAGAGGUAGGGGAGCUAGCAGGCCAGAGCUGGAUGAACGUAGUGCCCUCGUUUGGGUGUAGGGUCUGAUCAGAGCCUGAAGGUAAGGAGGUGCCAUUCCCCUCACAGCUCCGUAGGCAAGCACCAUGGUCUUGUAGUAGAUGCGAGCCUCAACUGGAAGCCAGUGGAGUGUGCGGAGGAGCGGGGUGACAUGAGUGAACUUGGGAAGGUUGAACACCAGACGGGCUGCAGCGUUCUGGAUAAGUUGUAGGGGUUUAAUGGCACAGGCAGGGAGCCCAGCCAACAGCGAGUUGCAGUAAUCCAGACGGGAGAUGACAAGUGCCUGGAUUAGGACCUGUGCCGCUUUCUGUGUAAGGUAGGGUCGUACUCUGCGAAUGUUGUAGAGCAUGAACCUGCAGGAUCGGGUCACCGCUUUGAUGUUAGCGGAGAACGACAGGGUGUUGUCCAGGGUCACGCCAAGGUUCUUUGCACUCUGGGAGGAGGACACAAUGGAGUUGUCAACCGUGAUGUUGAGAUCAUGGAGCGGGCAGUCCUUCCCCGGGAGGAAGAGCAGCUCCGUCUUGCCGAGGUUCAGCUUGAGGUGGUGAUCCGACAUCCACACUGAUAUGUCUGCCAGACAUGCAGAGAUGCGAUUCGCCACCUGGUUAUCAGAAGGGGGAAAGGAGAAAAUGAAUUGUGUGUCGUCUGCGUAGCAAUGAUAGGCGAGACCAUGUGAGGAUAUGACAGAGCCAAGGGACUUGGUGUAUAGAGAGAAUAGGAGAGGGCCUAGAACUGAGCCCUGGGGGACACCAGUGGUGAGAGCAUGUGGUGCGGAGACAGAUUCUCGCCACGCCACCUGGUAGGAGCGACCUGUCAGGUAGGACGCAAUCCAAGAGUGAGCAGCGCCGGAGAUGCCCAACUCGGAGAGGGUGGAGAGGAGGAUCUGAUGGUUCACAGUAUCAAAGGCAGCGGAUAGGUCUAGAAGGAUAAGAGCAGAGGAGAGAGAGUUAGCUUUAGCAGUGCGGAGAGCGUCCGUGACACAGAGAAGAGCAGUCUCAGUUGAAUGACCAGUCUUGAAACCUGACAGGUUUGGAUCAAGAAGAUCAUUCUGAGAGAGAUAGCAUGAGAGUUGGCUAGAGACGGCACGCUCAAGAGUUUUGGAGAGAAAAGAAAGAAGGGAUACUGGUCUGUAGUUGUUGAUAUCAGAGGGAUCAAGUGUAGGUUUUUUGAGGAGGGUUGCAACUCUCGCUCUCUUUAAGACAGAAGGGACAUGGCCAGCGGUCAAGGAUGAGUUGAUGAGCGAGGUGAGGUAAGGGAGAAGGUCUCCGGAAAUGGCCUGGAGAAGAGAGGAGGGGAUAGGGUCAAGCGGGCAGGUUGUUGGGCGGCCGGCCGUCACAAGUCGCAAGAUUUCAUCUGGUGAGAGAGGGGAGAAAGAAGUCAAAGCAUAGGGUAGGGUAGUGUGAGCAGGACCAGCAGUGUCAUUUGACUUAAUAAAUGAGGAUCGGAUGUCGUCAACCUUCUUUUCAAAAUGGUUGACGAAGUCAUCCACAGAGAGGGAGGAGGGAGGGGGAGGAGGGGGAGGAUUCAGCAGGGGGGAGAAGGUGGCAAAGAGCUUCCUAGGGUUAGAGGCAGAGGCUUGAAAUUUAGAGUGGUAGAAAGUGGCUUUAGCAGCGGAAACAGAGGAAGAGAAUGUAGAGAGGAGGGAGUGAAAAGAUGACAGGUCCCCAGGGAGUCUAGUUUUCCUCCAUUUCCGCUCGGCUGCUCCGAGCCCUCUUCUGUGAGCUCGCAAUGAGUCGUCAAGCCACAGAGCAGGAGGGGAGGACCGAGCCGGCCGGGAGGAUAGGGGACAUAUAUAAUAUGCCAUUUAGCAGACGCUUUUAUCCAAAGCGACUUACAGUCAUGUGUGCAUACAUUUUUACGUAUGUGUGGUCCCGGGGAUCGAACCCACUACCCUGGCGUUACAAGCGCCAUGCUCUACCAAUUGAGCUACAGAGGACCAUAUAGAGAGUCAAAAGAUGCAGAAAGGGAGGAGAGGAGGGUUGAGGAGGCAGAAUCAGGAGAUCGGAGGGAGAAGGAUUUAGCAGAGGGAAGAGAUGAUAGGAUGGAAGAGGAGAGAGUAGCGGGAGUAGGGGCACAUUACCAUCUGAGUAGGGGCAGAGUGAGUAGUGUUGGAGGAGAACGAGAGAGAAAGGGAUACAAAGUAGUGGUCGGAGACUUGGAGGGGAGUUGCAGUGAGAUUAGUAGAAGAACAGCAUCUAGUAAAGAUGAGGUCAAGCGUAUUGCCUGCCUUGUGAGUAGGGGGGGACGGUGAGAGGGUGAGGUCAAAAGAGGAAAGGAGUGGAAAGAAGGAGGCAGACGUAGGGAGGUUAGUCACCCAGAACUGUGAGGGGUGAGCCAUCCUCAGGAAAGGAACUUAUCAAGGCGUCAAGCUCAUUGAUGAACUCUCCAAGGGAACCUGGAGGGCGAUGUUAAGCUUGAAUUGGCUAGUGACUGUGACAGCAUGGAAUUCAAAUGAGGAGAUAGACAGAUGGGUCAGGGGAAAAAGAGAGAAAGUCCACUUGGGAGAGAUGAGGAUUCCUGUGCCACCGCCGCGCUGACCAGAUGCUCUCGGGUAUGCGAGAACACAUGGUCAGACGAGGAAAGAGCAGUAGGAGUAGCAGUGUUUUCUGUGGUAAUCCAUGUUUCCGUCAGCGCCAAGAAGUCGAGGGACUUGGAGGGUAGCAUAGACUGAGAUGAACUCUGCCUUGUUGGCCGCAGAACGGCAGUUCCAGAGGCUGCCAGAGACCUGGAACUCCACGUGGGUCGUGCGCGCAGGGACCACCAGAUUAGAGUGGCAACAGCCACGUGGUGUGAAGCGUUUGUAUGGCCUGUGCAGAGAGGAGAGAACAGGGAUAGACAGACACAUAGUUGACAGACUACAGAAAAAGGCUACAAUAAUGCAAAGGAGAUCGGAAUGAAAUGAACUAAACAUUCAUAUAUACAGGGGGUACCUGUACCAAGUCAAUGUGCUGGGGCACCGGUUAGUCAAGGUAAUUGAGGUAAUAUGUGAGUUAUUAAAGAGACUUCUACAUAAAGUUUGACUGAAACUGUAAAGUGUGUUAACAUGCUCAAAAUCAAACGCUGUCAUUUCUGAGAGUUUGAACACCUUGAAGAAAAAUGUGGUCUUAAUUGGCCAGGUGUACUCUUAAAUCUCAACCAGGCACAGCCAGAAGAUAAAUGGCCACUCCUCUCUAGGUUUUCCCCUAGGGCCUAUGCUCCUGCCUUUCUAGGCAGUUUUUCCAAGCCGCUAUGCUUUGCUUGCUCUUGGGGGAUUUAGGCAGGGUAUCUGUAUAAGCACUUCAUGACAACUCCUGAUGUAAAAAGGGCUUUAGAAAUAACAUACUAUUGAUUGAGCGGUUUGUGCAGUGGCGUGAUUACCACCACCUCAUAAUGUGGACUUUACUCAGGGUAGAUUCAGGGUUUUUGGAGUCAAACCCAAGGUCAUGCUCUUAUUCUACCUGACUGUUAUAGAGACAUUUCUAUUAUAUGGCAUUUUAGCCUGGUUUGUGAAAUUGUCAGUUACUUUAAAAUUAUUGUCCAGACAUCAAUGAAUAUGAUGGUUGUGAACAAACAAUGGGACAGCCAAAUAAAAUUAUCUCAGAUCUUUGCUAUGUACUCCACCCAGUUUCAACUUAUCUCCUCAGGCAGACGCAACAGUUUCUCAUUGUAAUCUGAACAGAUAGAAGCACUCCUAAACAGCAAUAUGUAGGGAGAGACCAUGUGCAAUAUUUACAGUGCAUUCGGAAAGUAUUCAGACCCCUUGACUUUUUUCCACAUUUUGUUAUGUUACAGCCUUAUUCUAAAAUGGAUUAAAUAAAAUACAAAUCCUCAUCAAUCUACACACAAUACCCCAUAAUGACAAAGCAAAAACAGAUUUUUAGAAAUUUUUGCAAAUGUAUUAAAAAUACUGAACUGAAAUAUCACAUUUACAUAAGUAUUUAGACCCUUUACUCAGUACUUUGUUGAAGCGCCUUUGGCAACGAUUACAGCCUAGAGUAUUCUUGGGUAUGACGCUACAAGCUUGGCACACCAGUAUAUGGGGAGUUUCUCCCAUUCUUCUCUGCAGAGCCUCUCAAGCUCUGUCAGGUUGAAUGGGGAGCGUUGCUGCACAACUAUUUUCAGGUCUCUCCAGAGAUGUUGGAUCAGGUUCAUGUCCGGGCUCUGGCUGGGCCACUCAAGGACAUUCGGACACUUGUCCCGAAGCACUCCUGUGUUGUCUUGGCUGUGUGCUUAGGGUCGUUGUCCUGUUGGAAGGUGAACCUUCGACCCAGUCUGAGGUCCUGAGCGCUCUGGAGCAGGUUUUCAUCAAUGAUCUCUCUGUACUUUGCGCCGUUCAUCUUUCCCUCGAUCCUGACUAGUCUCCCAGUCCCUGCCGCUGAAAAACAUCCCCACAGCAUGAUGCUGCCACCACCAUGCUUCACCAGAGGGAUGGUGCCAGGUUUCCUCCAGACAUGACGCUUGGCAUUCAGGCCAAAGAGUUCAAUCUUGGUUUCAUCAGACCAGAGAAUCUUGUUUCUCAUGGUCUGAGAGUCCUUUAGGUGCAUUUUGGCAAACUCCAAGCGGGCUGACGUGCCUUUUACUGAGGAAUGGCUUCCGUCUGGCCACUCUACCAUAAAGGCCUAAUUGGUGGAGUGCUGCAGAGAUGGUUGUCCUUCUGGAAGGUUCCACAGAGGAACUCUGGAGCUCUGUCAGAGUGGCCAUCGGUCACCUCCCUGACCAAGCUCUAGGAAGAGUCUUGGUGGUUCCAAAUUUCUUCCAUUUAAGAAUGAUUUAGGCCACUGUGUUCUUCGGGAUCUUCAAUGCUGCAGAAAUUCUUUGGUACACUUCCCCAGAUCUGUGCGUCAACACAAUCCUGUUUCGGAGCUCUACGGACAAUUCCUUCAACCUCAUGGCUUGGUUUUUGCUCUGACAUGCACUGUCAACUGUGGGACCUUUUUAUAUAGACAGGUGUGUGCCUUUCCAAAUCAUGUCCACGCAAUUUUAUUUUCCACAGAUGGGCUCUAAUCAAGUUGUAGAAACAUCUCAAGGAUGAUCAAUGGAAACAGGAUGCACCUGAGCUCAAUUUCGAGUCUCCUAGCAAAGGGUCUAAAUAUUUAUGUAAAUAAGGUAUUUCUGUUUUUAUUUUUAAUACAAUUUCUAAAAACCUGUUUUUGCUCUGUCAUUAUGGGGUAUUGUGUGUAGAUUGAUUUAAUCCAUUGUAGAAUAAGGCUGUAACGUAAAAGAAUAUGGAAAAAGUCAAGGGGUCUGAAUACUUUCCGAAUGCACUGCAUGUGCUUUUUACCUCUAUGCUGCACAGCAUUCAAUCUGUGUGACUCCAUGUGUGCCCACACACCCGCAUAGUCUCUUGGUUUGUAUCUAGAGGGCUGGCAGAGGGGGCAGUGAUGUAACUUGCACUUCGUGCACGGGACUAAAUCUUUAAGGCCAUCGGUGCCUUUUCUCACAGUGGUAUGCUGUCAAACACAAACAUAAGUGACGAAUACUUUAGUAAAUUAGCUAGCUAGAUUAGUUGAUAACCAGGGGUAAACAUAGAACAAGGACCAACAAGGUGACGUUGUUGGUGAUGAAAAAUGAAUUAAUGCGUUAGCUAAGACUUAGCUGCUGUCGUUAGCUAGCUAGCUUCUUUAACAGGCUAACGUUACGUUAACUGUAUAUCAAGAUAGCUAACCUAACAGUAACGUUUGUUACACAUCAUUAAAAUCCUAGUAGUUAGCUACAUCUAUGAAGAACGUAGAUACUGGUAGCUAGCUAACGUUACACCAAAUACAGAGCUCUAAGUGAAUAGCAAAAUGUUACGUCAGCUGAAAUACCUACCACCAUCUCUGCCGAAGAACACUCACUGAAAGUUUGAAACACAAUGGCCAAAACAGCCCCCAAAACGGUCUUGAGUGCCAACAAAUCAGCCCAAUUGGCACUGCUCUUCCCAUGUCUUAAACCCAUUGCUCCCCAUCCUCCCACUUCUCUCAACACGCCCAUUAUAAGAGUCACUCCAGCGAUGCAGCUACUUACGACUCCUAAAACUGCUUCUCCAAUAGAACUCCCCGAUCACACUUGUAGGCGAUGUCAUGGCGACUUUGGCUAGAUAAGCUCACACGUAGAAACACGUCAUCGGGUCUAACGGUAGUCUAACGCAGAACUGUGCAUGUGCAGGUCGUCAAAUCAAAGGCACUCCUUCGAUUAUAAAGACAAGUUGUUUUUGACUAAAAUUAAAACGUGUCACUUUCACGACGUUGGAGUAAUAACAUGUUGAACUACUUAAGACAUUGGCUCGAAUCUAGGUUGUGCCUUUAGAUUUCGAGAAAAUUAACAACUAAGGAAUAAUUUCACUUCUCUCAUGUACACGACCAAACACCUACUCAUUCAAGGGUUUUUCUUUAUUUUUACUAUUUUCUACAUUGUAGAAUAAUAGUGAAGACAUCAAAACUAUGGAAUAACACCAUAUGGAAUCAUGAAGUAACCAAAGAAGUGUUAAACAAAUCAAUAUAUUUUAUAUUUGAGAUUCUUCAAAUAGCCACCCUUUGCCUAGAUGACAGCUUUGCACACUCCUGGUCAGUCAAUCCGGAAAACUUCAAGAACUUUGAACGUUUCUUGAAGUGCAGUCGCAAAAACCAUCAAGCGCUAUGAUGAAACUGUCUCUCAUGAGGACCGCCACAGGAAUGGAAGACCCAGAGAAGGAGAGUGAUGGAGUGCUGCAUCAGAUGACCUGACCUCCACAAUCCCCCGACCUCAACCAAAUUGAGAUGGUUUGGGAUGAGUCGGACGGCAGAGUGAAGGAAAAGCAGCCAACAAGUGCUCAGCAUAUGUGGAAACUCCUUCAAGACUGUUGGAAAAGUAUUCCAGGUGAAGCUGGUUGACAGAAUGCCAAGAGUGUGCAAAGCUGUCAUCAAGGCAAAGGGUGGCUAUUUUAAGAAUCUCAAAUGUAAAAUAUAGCCUAUUUGGAUUUGUUUAACACUUUUUUCGUUACUACAUGAUUCCAUAUGUGUUCUUUCAUAGUUUUGAUGUCUUCACUAUUAUUUUACAAUGUUGAAAAUAUACAAAAUAAAGAAAAACCAUUGAAGAAGUAGGUGUUCUAAAACUUUUGACAGGUAGUGUAUGUUUGAAUUUUCAAACUACUUUUCAUUGGGGAGUCAGAUAAAGCGUUUUUAUCAAAAGGAAUCCCUUAUGCAUGUGAACACAGAAUCCUACUCAUUACUUCACGUGCUUAAUUACAUCACUUUUGUUUUGAGCCGAGUUCGCAGUUGGCUUUGAACAGGGCACCUCUUAAAACGAAUGCAAUCAACUUUCACCCGAACACGCCUACCCAGUCACCCGGGCCAGAUUAAUAGAAUCCCCUCACUACUUUACUCUUGGAUAUUUUGUGUCAAAUUUUCAACAGUAUAGGGCAUGUAAUGAUUUCGACAGCUUUACAGACAGAAGUCAUUAUGUGCCCCAUGCCUCUGGCAUGUUUUGAUUGAAAAAGUUUGCCCCUCCAACAACACACAUCUACUUGCUAGCUAGUUCACAACCAGUCAAGUUUAAUGAUUGAGGACAACUUAUUUUGCAACCCCUCAGUGACAAAGAACUACUUCCAGAAUCGAGAGUUCUCCUUCACGUUGAAGGAUGACAUCUACGUACGAUAUCAGUCGUUCAGCACACAGAACGAGCUGGAGAAGGAGAUGCAGAAGAUGAACCCGUACAAGAUUGACAUCGGAGCAGUCUACAGUCAUAGGGUGGGGUUCCAUUACUCACUUUCUGGAUCUGACCACCACUUACACACAUACUCUUGCUUUCUUUCUUCUUCCUCUCUCUCUCUCUCUCACACACCUCUCCAUUGUCCCUCAAGUGACCAUUCUAUUUAUCUUCUUCUGUCACCUUCAGCCCAAUCAGCACAACACAGUCAAGUCUGGAUCCUUCCAGGCUCUGGAGAAGGAGCUGGUGUUUGAUAUUGAUAUGACAGACUAUGAUGACGUCAGAAGCUGUUGCAGGUACUUGAUCAAAUUUGCCAGAAAGUGUCUUUCAACCAUCUUUACUAUUUUAAAGUUGUGGAGUAUGUUUGAAUGUACAACAGAUUAUAAUUCUCGGAUGGUGCCUUUUUAAGUUCUGUUGGGGAUGUGAGACCGUUCAUCAGCUGUUUUGUCUUGUCUUGUAGUGGUGCAGACAUAUGCCCUAAGUGCUGGACUCUGAUGACCAUUGCCAUCCAUAUAUUGGACCGGGCCCUUCGAGGUGAGUCAGAAAAACGGUUAAUUCUCACAGGAUUAAAAAUGAGCUCUUGACUUGAACCUAUCUUUUUAUUGGUCAUUUUACAAAAUGAUCUGAUGAUUAAUUUUCAUUGUUACCUGUGUUUGUUGACUUUUUUCUGGGGUGCUCCAGAUGACUUUGGUUUCCGGCACUGCCUGUGGGUGUACUCGGGCAGGAGAGGGGUGCAUUGCUGGGUGUGUGACGAGGCUGCACGGAAGCUCUCUGUGGCGGCGCGCUCCGCUGUGGCAGAGUACCUGAGUCUUGUCAAGGUAAGACCACCUCUCAUGACAUCAUAACCCACUCGAGGCUAAAAGAGGCUUCCAACAAUCAAGGGUUAUUCUCUUCUUGGCUAUAUUUGAAUGGAGCAGUAGACUCAAAAUCACAUGCAAUAGUUGAUAGAAGUGAUGCGGGAGCCUUACAUUUUUCGACUUCUGUUCAUUUGAGUCAAGAAGUGCUGAGUGUAAAGAAAUGCUAACGUGAUACGUUCAACAUCAACACUGAAAAUUAUUUCACACACAAAUUAUGUAUAUGUAAAUCAGUAGCCUGGAGUAGAUUGAUAUGGUGAUUAUUGAAUCUUUUUCUGUUCUUCAGGGUGGAGAAGACACGGUGAGGAAAGUUGUGCUGUCAGACCCAAUUCAUCCAUUCAUCACGUAAGAUCAAGUUACAGAGCCAUACUUGUUAUCCUUGUUAGCUGUUGUGGGUUCUAGUAGCUGAGAAAAGGACCAUUAGUUUGAGGUGUUGUCUAACUGUUAAAGGGCAGAAUCAUGUUGAAUUUUGACUGACCAGUUUACCUCUAACCCCUGUCUCCCCUCCAGGGAAUCCCUGGCGGUGGUGGAGCGCUACUUCCCCCAGUAUGCUCUGCUGGGACAGGACAUACUGGGUAGCAAAGAGGCUGUAGACAAAGUGCUGGCCAUUUUGCCUGAAGAUAUCCUUUUCCUCUCUGCCUCUUUUCAUUAUAUGACACUAUGAAAUUUGACAUGCAUACAGUACAUGCACUCAGUGGCCAGUUUAUUAGGUACUCCACCCAGUUCACGAAAAUAGACAGUGAGUCACGUAGCUGUGGCUUGCUAUAUAAAGCUGGCAGACAGGCAUUGAGGUAUUCAGUUACUGUUCGAUUGAACGUUAGAAUGGGCAAAACGAGUGACCUAAGCGACUUUUGAGCGCGGUAUGAUCGUCGGUGCCAGGCGUGCCGGUUCCAGUAUCUCAUGCACGUCAGUGUCUAGGCUUUACCGAGAAUGGGCUGUUAAGAUCGCCACACUGGCAGUCAGGAGUCAUGACCGCAGUCAAAUUCCAUGUGACCGUUGAGUCACAGUAACUAGGCUUAUCUAAACCUGCACUCUGAUGCCUCUGAUGGUCAUUAGCAGCCUACCAAACUUGCUAAUGACCAGUCGCUAAUGGCUGGUACUCAGCGCUCUAUUGUCCCUCUAAUCACGCUGACAUCAAUGCAAAUCAAAUCGAAAAUCAAAUCAAACAUUUAAUGAGAGCCCUGGCAUUCAGAGUUUGAGCGGAAUAGGAUCACCUGUUGCGCAGCGAGAGCCAGCUCCUCAUUGCUGGUUGAUGCAGGGAAUGAAAUGUGUUCCUGUUGCGCAACAUUUCUAUAGGCUAUGCAAUUGCGUUAGAAAACAGAGUUUUGAUGACCUCUAUUAAAAAUAGGCCUACUAUAUUUAUUUCUCAACUUUCCAUAGCGCUUUACAACCGGAGUAGCCUACCUGGCUGGCAUGAAAAUUAACUGCGGGAAAAGCGUCCUCCAUUUACUAUUCAAGUGCAUACGGAUGAUGUCUUUUUUUCCCCCUGCCCCUGUUCCGACAGGUGCAUGAUAAUGGCCCAUUCUAAAUCAAAACUAAUUUCACACAUAUUAUUUAGCAUAUGUAAAGACGAGAUUAAAUUGAGAAUAGUCUGAAUGGUGAGCAUAUUAUCACUUGUGAAUGAUGCAAAGUGCAUGGUUUUUUCUGCGACUUAUUCAAAUCAUAGUCUCAUGCACCAUGUAGCCUAGCCCAUAGGCCUAUAUGUUUUGCUAAGGUUUAUAUCACAACUGAAGUGGCCAAAUAACGCCAAACGUAGCCUAUAGGCAGUGGUGGAAAGUAAUUAAGUAAAAAUAGUUGAAAGUACUAAAGUCGUUUUUUUGGGUAUCUGUACUUUACUAUUUAUAUACUGAACAAAAAUAUAAACGCAACGUGCAACAAUUUCAAAGAUUUUGCUGAGUUACAGUUCAUAUAAGGACAUGAGUCAAUUUCAAUAAAUUCAUUAGGCCCUAAUCUAUGGAUUUCACAUGAAUGGCCAGGGGCGCAGCCAUGGGUGGAUCUGGGAGGGCAUAGGCCCACCCACUUGGGAGCCAGGCCCAGCCAAUCAGAAAUAGUUUUUCCCCAUAAAAGGGCUUUAUUACAGACAGAAAUACUCCUCAGCACUCCUCCUCAGACAAUCCCGCAGGUGAAGAAGCCGGCUGUGGAGGUCCUGGGCUGGCGUGGUUACACAUGGUCUAAAAUGACGUUGGAGGUGGCUUAUGGUAGAGAAAUUAACAUUAAAUCUCUGGCAACAGCUCUGGUGGACAUUCCUGCAGUCAGUAUGCCAAUUGCACGCUCCCUCAAAACUUGAGACAUCUGUGGCAUUGUGUUGUGUGACAAAACUGCACAUUUUAGAGAGGCCUUUUAUUGUCCCCAGCAGAAGGUGCACCUGUGUAAUGAUCAUGCUGUUGAAUCAACUUCUUGAUAUGCCCACCUGUCAGGUGGAUUGAUUAUCUUGGCAAAGGAGAAAUGCUCAGUAACAGAGAUGUAAACAAACUUGAACACAACAUUUUAGCUAAAUAAGCUUUUUGUUCGUAUGGAACAUUUCUGGGAUAUUUUAUUUCAGCUCAUGGGACCAACACUUUACAUGUUGCGUUUAUAUUUUUGUUCAGUAUAAAACCAAAUACUUUUAGACUUUUACUCAAGUAGUAUUUUAGUGGGUGACUUUCACUUUUACUUGAGUCAUUUCUUAUUAUGCAGUCUUAGAAUGUAUUAGGAAUCAAACAUAUAGCCUAAUGUUUGUAUCACAACUAAAGUUGCAUAAUUAACUAGAGUAAGCAUAUAGGAGGACCUGUUUCUUUGUUAACCUCUCAACACAGAAUAGCCGCAUGUGCGCACUCCCUAAAAUCGUUUGGGGAAAAAUAUCCUUUCUAUUUUAUUCAGCUAUGUUCAAUUGUAUUGUUCUUACCAUAGCCUCAGGAAGUAAGGGUGCGGAGGGUGCUGCAGCACCCCCUGAAAAAUCAGAAUUAAAAAAAUAUAUACAAAUUAGCAGUUGACCUCCAACCCCCACCCCACCUCUAAAAUAGGCUACAUUUUCUUCAUAACAUGUUUCUUUAGACCUGUCUAAAAUAAAUUAUGAAUUUAUUGUGAUGGUGUAGGCUAUAUUGAAUGGAUUUAUUAAGACUUUUAGAAAUGUAGAUGUUCCAAAGGUCCACAUCAGUGGCUUGUAGGCUAUGCAUCGAAGCUGGAGAUUCUAAACAUCUUUGUUAAUUAACGGUUACCGUAAGACCGGCAGUUAUUUGAAUGACAAUCACUGACUGACAAUUUCAUGACCGCCACAGCCCUAGGUGCAACAAACAUAAAACAUCCAGUCAGCGGCAGUCCUGUGGGCGAAAACAGCUUGUUGAUGAGGUCGAAAGAGUGUGGCAAUAAUCGUGCAAGCUAACAGGCGGGCCACAAACAGGCAAAUAAUGGCGCAGUACAACAGUGGUGUGCAGAACGGCAUCUCGGAACGUACAACUCGUCAAUUCUUGUCAGAGAUGGGCUGUUGCAGCAGACGACCACACCGGAUUCCACUCCUAUCAGCUAAAAACAAGAUGAAGCGGCUCCAGUGGGCACUCAAUCACCAACACAGGACAAUUGAGUGGAAAAACAUCGCCUGGUCUGACAAAUCCCGGUUCCUGUUGCGUCAUGCUGAUGGCACAGUCAGGAUUUGGCGUAAGCAGCAUGAGUCCAUGGCUCCAUCCUGCCUGGUGUCAAUGGUACAGGCUGGGGGCGGUGGUGUAAUGUUGUGGGGAAUGUUUUCCUGGAACACGUUAGGUACCUUGAUACCAAUUGAGAAAUGUUUCCAUGCCCCCAAAAAUGCAGGCUGUUCUGGAGGCAAAGGGGUGUCUGACCCCGUACUAGAUGGGUGUACCUUAUAAAGUGGCCACUGAGUGUACAUGGCUACACGUGUACAGUACACACACACACAAUGUUCUAUAUGUCACAGUUUAGCAGGUUUUGUGAUAUAUCGUUACAUGUUGAGGGAGAACACGCUAGAACAUGCCUAUCCUUAACUGAAACUUUACAUGUCAGAAAGAAGCUGCUGCAGGACUUCCAGACUGAAAAGAACCCUGAGAAGCGCUGGCGCACACUCAAGAAUAUGGCCCAAGACAAACGCGUAGGUGGCCAUGCUCACACAACACUGCAAUAAAGAUUGACAUAAGCCCUGUUAGAACAAAAUAUAACAAUGUGAUGUCAAUGGCAGCCAAGCAUGCACUUAUGAAAACUACUUUCUUCAACCAGACGACUGCCAAGAAGGGCCACUACUUUGAGUUGGAGAUCAUGCUUCAGUACUGUUACCCUCGUCUCGAUGUUAACGUCAGUAAAGGAGUCAACCACUUGCUGAAGAGCCCCUUCAGCGUCCAUCCCAAAACAGGUGAGGAGAAACUAUGGAGCCAGAUAGCUGCCAAAAGGUUGAACGCACGUAUCGUUAGGAUCGUAAGAAAAUACAUAUGUAAAUUAUUAGGAUCAUAAGAAAAGCAAUGCGUGAAACAUGAAACGUAACCGUUAAAUUAGAUCUGUAAACGUACAAACCCUAUGUUACGACUAUGAAUGAACAUUUACACAUUCAAUUCUUAAUUUGCGGCUCCCUUUACUCGGUUACAGAUCUUUUUUAUAUGUACAAACUUUUGUCAGGAAUGUGGCAUCUGCAAAGGACAUGAACCGAACGUAGCUAGUUGAAGUUAGCUAGUCAAUCAAGCAACUCUAGCCCAGAUGUUGAGAGUUGCUUUGCAGCUUCCGGUUUCAUUUCCAAAAUAAAAGUCUAGAGCUUGUUUUAGAAUGGCGUUCGGUAACAACAUUAUACCAGUAGAUGGCGUAGUAUAGGCUUGGGCCUUCAGCAAAUUACUUGUGUGAUAAUUAUACUAUAAAGACACAGAAAAGCCUUGUCUAGAAUAACCGCCUGAGCUGCAAAAUAGAAAGUAAAUAUGAUUUAGGCUAGGCCUAUUCCACUAUCUAAAUAUGCCAUGCUGUUGUGUGUUAUUUAAUGGCCAAAUAAUUGCAUAAUGUAUUUGUAUAGCCGUGUGGGGCUACUGUGGUGAUCAUGUAACCUAAUGAAUCACACUUUUUCCAGUAUUUGGGAGCACGAACUGUAGGCAUUAUAUUAGCCAUUUUGAAUUCCACUCUGUAUGUAGACUUGUUAUAGCCAUUUGCGUUGCACAAACCCAUCACGCAGAGGCUAUAUCCAUAUCAAUAAAUGAGACAAAACAAAAUAUUGAUUAAGUCUUGGCUAUAACCUGUCCUGAGCUAAAUAGCCAAGGGGUCCCAAAUGGUCAAGACUAUCUAUAGCCUAUUCUUAUUGCCAGAUCUGUUUUCCCUAUCAGCCACUGCAUGUGCUUUUGUAAAAAAAAUAUUUAGAGGCUAUAUUUAGAGGCCUGUGAGCUAGGAUCUCUUUUUAAGGGGUGGCCUAUAAUAAAAACAGUUAUAAAACACAAAUAGAGUUCUAAAAUAUUUCCAGGAGACACCAGUACCCAAAAUGAUAGCCUAAAUUGCAAUGCCUACAAGUUGAAGGCCUAUUUCUUUUAUUUGGAUAGGCCUACAUUAAAUACUGAAUUAUUAAAGUGAUAGGCUGAAGAACUUUGGAGAAUUUAGAUAAUUUUGAAUACACACAUGACUCUGGCUGCAUGCCUCCAGAAGGGCAUCUUCUGAGGCUGAGGGAUGCGUUUCCGAAGGCGCAUGGUGCUGUGGUGCUGCAUGGAGAUCACAAGCUCUUCAACUGGGCAGCAGUGUCGCGAUGGAGGGAAUAGCCUAUAUGGAGACUACCUAAGACCACUGCGAACAGAGUUAUUGUAAAUUGUGGGAAUAAGCUUAUACCAGACUUAGCCUACAUUUAACCUCUCCCAUGUUAAUCUCAAAGUCCAUAUGUUCAUUACCCGAUUCAGGCUCAAAAUGGCCAGAAACAAAUAACUUUAUUCUGAAACUCGUCAGUCUAUUCUUGUUCUGAGAAAUGAAGGCUAUUCCAUGCGAGAAAUUGCCAAGAAACUGAAGAUCUCGUACAACGCUGUGUACUACUCCCUUCACAGAACAGCGCAAACUGGCUCUAACCAGAAUAGAAAGAGGAGUGGGAGACCACGGUGCACAACUGAGCAAGAGGACAAUACAUUAUAGAGUGUCUAGUUUGAGAAAUGGUGCCUCACACGUCCUAAACUGGCAGCUUCAUUAAAUAGUACCCGCAAAACACCAGUCUCAACGUCAACAGUGAAGAGGCGACUCCAGGAUGCUGACCUUCUAGGCAGAGUUGCAAAGAAGAAGCGGGUACUGUUUUGCGGGUACUAUUUAAUGAAGCUGUUGAGGACGUGUGAGGCACCUGUUUCUCAAACUAGACACUCUAUAAUGUAUUUGUCCUCUUGCUCAGUUGUGCACCGUGGCCUCCCACUCCUCUUUCUAUUCUGGUUAGAGACAGUUUGCGCUGUUCUGUGAAGGGAGUAGUACACAGCGUUGUACGAGAUCUUCAGUUUCUUGGCAAUUUCUCGCAUGGAAUAGCCUUCAUUUCUCAGAACAAGAAUAGACUGACGAGUUUCAGAAGAAAGUUAUUUGUUUCUGGCCAUUUUGAGCCUGUAAUCGAACCCACAAUUGCUGAUGCUCCAGAUACUCAACUAGUCUCAAGAAGGCCCGUUUUAUUGCUUCUUUAAUCAGUACAACAGUUUUCAGCUGUGCUAACAUAAAUGCAAAAGGGUUUUCUAAUGAUCAAUUAACAUUUUAAAAUAAUAAACUUAGAUUAGCAAACACAAUGUGCCAUUGGAACACAGGACUGAUGGUUGCUGAUAAUGGGCCUCUGUAUGCCUAAGUAGAUAUUCCAUAAAAAAUCAGCCAUUUCCAGCUACAAUAGCCAUUUACAACAUUAACAAUGUCUACACUGUAUUUCUGAUAAAUUUGAUGUUAUUUUAAUGGACAACAAAAUUGCUUUUCUUUCGAAAACCAGGACAUUUCUAAGUGACCCCAAACUUUUGAACGGUAGUGUAAAUCAUGUCAAUUUUUUAAAAAUUCAUAUUGACCCCUCCUAUAGAUUUUGAGUGAUUAAAUAAAUGUCAGAAUAUUCAAUAAAAAAAUAUAAAAAAAUAUUGGCAAAGACUCCAGUGGUCAUACAUAAUUUAUAGAUUCACCAAACAUCCCGAGUGGCGCAGUGGUCUAAGGCACUGCAUCUCAGUGCUUGAGGCGUCACUACAGAACCCCUGGUUCGAUUCCAGGCUGUAUCACAACCGGCCGUGAUUGGGAGUCCCAUAGGGCGGUGCACAAUUGGCCCAGCGUCGUCCGGGUUUGGCCGGUGUAGGCCGUCAUUGUAAAUAAGAAUUUGACUUGCCUAGUCAAAUAAAGGUAAAAUAAAAUACAAAAAAUAAUUAUAUGUUUCAUUAUUCCUGGUAUAUGCUACUGGUUAUGAUUGCAGACAGAGCCCAGAGAAUGGGAUGGUGCAAUAUUAAAUUAGUCAUAUUUUGAUAAGGUGCAUACAUGGGGAUGUCCACGUCACCCAGAGAUAUGCCCAUGCUGUAGAGAUACACCUAGCAGACUGAAACUUCACUAUUGUAGGCAUUAUACAGCUAGUGCUAUCUAGACUUGCGCUGGCAAACAAAUCCAUUACAUUAGCUAACUAAAAUGUGAAGUAAACUCAACUGAGGAGUAAUAGAGAAUGGAGACUUUUAACUUGAAAACAUGCAGGACACCUCUUUCCGGUUUCCCUGACUUCCGUUUAUUUUAUACUGUUUUAGGCUCGUUUGCGUAGCACUCAUCACAGGCCGUUUAGUGUACGUUUUUUUGUUUGUUGGUGAGAUGAAACUCUGAAAGGUAUUAUUGAACGUCAGAAUUGCAACACAAUAUUUGUUCAAGCCUAAAAUAUUAGUCUGUAAUCGUAACAUGGUGUUUGUAUGUUCACAGAUGAAAUUUCACGUUUACGUUUCAUGUUUCACGCAUGGCUAUUCUUACGAUCCUAAUGAUACGUAUGUUGAACCUUUUGGCAGCUAUCUGGCUCCAUAAGAAACUAAUUGAAGUGCAAGACUAACACAUUGAACCAUGAUAGACAUUUAACCCAAAUGUUGCCUGUGAGAGAAACAGUCAAAGGAUGCUUCUCAUCCAACUGAGGGAGAUAAUGUUUGGAUGUCAUUAGCCCAACACUCAACACCUUUCCUCCCUAUGUUCCUUACUUCCCCACAGGGCGGAUCUCUGUUCCUAUUGACCUGAGAGAACUGGAUCGCUUUGACCCCUUUGAUGUGCCCACUAUCAGGUAAGUCCUCCUCAGUCAGUUUGUCAUACAGUGGGGAAAAAAAGUAUUUAGUCAGCCACCAAUUGUGCAAGUUCUCCCACUUAAAAAGAUGAGAGAGGCCUGUAAUUAUCAUCAUAGGUACACGUCAACUAUGACAGACAGAUUGAGAGAAAAAAUCCAGAAAAUCACAUUGUAGGAUUUUUUAUGAAUUUAUUUGCAAAUUAUGGUGGAAAAUAAGUAUUUGGUCACCUACAAACAAGCAAGAUUUCUGGCUCUCACAGACCUGUAACUUCUUCUUUAAGAGGCUCCUCUGUCCUCCACUCGUUACCUCUAUUAAUGUCACCUGUUUGAACUUGUUAUCAGUAUAAAAGACACCUGUCCACAACCUCAAACAGUCACACUCCAAACUCCACUAUGGCCAAGACCAAAGAGCUGUCAAAGGACACCAGAAACAAAAUUGUAGACCUGCACCAGGCUGGGAAGACUGAAUCUGCAAUAGGUAAGCAGCUUGGUUUGAAGAAAUCAACUGUGGGAGCAAUUAUUAGGAAAUGGAAGACAUACAAGACCACUGAUAAUCUCCCUCGAUCUGGGGCUCCACGCAAGAUCUCACCCCGUGGGGUCAAAAUGAUCACAAGAACGGUGAGCAAAAAUCCCAGAACCACACGGGGGGGCCUAGUGAAUGACCUGCAGAGAGCUGGGACCAAAGUAACAAAGCCUACCAUCAGUAACACACUACGCCGCCAGGGACUCAAAUUCUGCAGUGCCAGACGUGUCCCCCUGCUUAAGCCAGUACAUGUCCAGGCCCGUCUGAAGUUUGCUAGAGUGCAUUUGGAUGAUCCAGAAGAGGAUUGGGAGAAUGUCAUAUGGUCAGAUGAAACCAAAAUAGAACUUUUUGGUAAAAACUCAACUCGUCGUGUUUGGAGGACAAAGAAUGCUGAGUUGCAUCCAAAGAACACCAUACCUACUGUGAAGCAUGGGGGUGGAAACAUCAUGCUUUGGGGCUGUUUUUCUGCAAAGGGACCAGGACGACUGAUCCGUGUAAAGGAAAGAAUGAAUGGGGCCAUGUAUCGUGAGAUUUUGAGUGAAAACCUCCUUCCAUCAGCAAGGGCAUUGAAGAUGAAACGUGGCUGGGUCUUUCAGCAUGACAAUGAUCCCAAACACACCGCCCGGGCAACGAAGGAGUGGCUUCGUAAGAAGCAUUUCAAGGUCCUGGAGUGGCCUAGCCAGUCUCCAGAUCUCAACCCCAUAGAAAAUCUUUGGAGGGAGUUGAAAGUCUGUGUUGCCCAGCGACAGCCCCAAAACAUCACUGCUCUAGAGGAGAUCUGCAUGGAGGAAUGGGCCAAAAUACCAGCAACAGUGUGUGAAAACCUUGUGAAGACUUACAGAAAACGUUUGACCUGUGUCAUUACCAACAAAGGGUAUAUAACAAAGUAUUGAGAAACUUUUGUUAUUGACCAAAUACUUAUUUUCCACCAUAAUUUGCAAAUAAAUUCAUUAAAAAUCCUACAAUGUGAUUUUCUGGAAUUUUUUUCUCAUUUUGUCUGUCAUAGUUGACGUGUACCUAUGAUGAAAAUUACAGGCCUCUCUCAUCUUUUUAAGUGGGAGAACUUGCACAAUUGGUGGCUGACUAAAUACUUUUUCCCCCCACUGUAAUAAGAAGUUUGUAAAGAGCUUUACAGAUUUUCAAAACAUUUAUUCCCAAAGCGCUAAACACAAAGUUUGAAUGUGUGGCGUCCCUAGGGUUCUCGGUAUUCUUACCGAUCCUGUUAUUGUAUCUCCCUGUAGUCUGAUCUGUGAGGAGCUGGAUCAGCCCAAGACCGAAGAGGAACAGGAGGACACCAAGGAGAAUGAGAAUGAAAAAGAAGCAGGAGAGCGGCGGAAGAUAAGAGGUAUUCAAAGAGACAAGUGCAAUUCAUUACUAAGGGAGCCAAGGGAUUUGAUAUGCAUUUGUUCAUUGCACGUUGAAUUGACUAACAAAAGCUUAUUGGUUCCACAGACUACAAACGAACAAGCUUGGCGAAGUAUGUGAAACUGUUUGAUCAAUUCUUGGAAGGGAUGGCUCGCUCAAGAAAAGGGGAGCUUCUUAAAAACAGUGGUGAGUGUAAUUGAAGUCCUUAGUGGAGGAAUACAAUUGUUAAUAUGAAAAUUCAGAUCUAAAAGAUUUGAUGAUCAUGGCCUUUUUUCUCAAUUUCUUUUCAGAUCUUCAAAAGGACUUCUAACCCUGUGCAGUGUCCAACAAUAGUUGGCUAAUCUUAAACAAGCCUGUCAUAUCAGUUGUUCAUCUGACAGUUAAAAGAUGAACACACAUUACAUAUGCACUGUAAACAAAUGGUCUCAGUUUGAGAAUUGCCGUGCAAAUAUAUUACUCUAUGAACGAUUGAAAAAUCACAGUUGUGCAAACUUUUAUAUAGCUUAUUGUUUUCUCAUUAAAAUGACUUUGUCCUACA